GAUCCUAAAGUUGGCAGACAAUUAAAAAUUUUCGAUUUUUUUUUCAACAAAAAAAAAAAAUAAAAAAAUACACAUGUAGAAAAUUUAAAAAUCUAUAUGUGCAAUUUUUUUUUUAAAUUUAUCGUUUUGAAAAAAAUCCAAGACGUCGGCUGACGCAGAAUCAUUUAAAAAGUUCUUAAAAUCUAUGAGUGUUUGGUUAAAAAUAAUUUUAAAAUGUCAAAGAAGAAAAAAAUUGAAGCUUGGGCUGAAAAUGGAUUGGAAGACUGGGGCUCGUAUAUGGCAGCAAAAAAAGCCAAACUCGAGGAACAAUUUGAUGAGGCAGCUGUCAGUGAAGUUGUCAGCGCAACAAAAUUGUUCAAAGGAAUUUCAAUAUUUGUAAAUGGUUAUACACAUCCGUGUGCUAACGACUUGAAGCGGCUGAUGAUGGAACACGGGGGUAUUUAUCAUCAUUACUUACGUCCCCAUGGCACGACACAUUUAAUUGCAUCGAAUUUGCCGUACUCUAAAAUAAUCCAGUAUCGUAAGAGUAAAAAUCCGCUGCCUCUGUGCAAACCCGAGUGGAUCACAGACAGCAUCAGCGCCAAUAAAUUGCUCGACUGGAGGCCCUACUUGCUGUACUCAACGACGUCGGUGACACAGCCGCAGUUGCACUUUAAAAAUGACAACCAGAAUCAUGGGCCAGUUGACACUAGUUCUGUAAAUGGAGACUCUUCUCUUAAAACUUUAGACAAAGUCCUAGAUGACUUUGAUGACCCCAGUGACUCCGUUUUAAAAAAACAGGAACCAGGUGCUGGUGUCCCAGGUCCUUCACAUGAAAAAUCUUCAGUAAUAAAUUCCAAUGAUAAAUUUAUUGAUGCUGGUACUUGUAGUUCAGUAGAUAAGGAAUCACUGGAUAGUAUUCCAGGUCCUUCAAAUUUUAAACAAAAUAUUCCAACCACAUCUAGUGCAAUAAAUAUAAAUGACAAUGAAAUCACGCAUGUCAGUGAUAGUAUUAAUAGCAAUAAUAAAUUAGCACGUAGUGGAGCCGCAUUGUGCUCUAAAAAUGAUGAAUUUAUAACUGAAUUCUACAACAACUCGCGCUUGCAUCAUAUAUCAACAAUGGGUGCGACCUUCAAAGAAUACGUUAAUGAAUUGCGCGCUAAAAAUACCGGCUCUUACCCUGGAUUAGAAAGACUGAAAAAACUAAAGCCUAUUGAUGAAUCAGUAAAAGACAAUUCAAAUGAAUCAGAUUCUGAUGAGUCGAUAUUCAAUAGCGAUCGUAUUUCAGCAGCUAAACCUCAAGACAAAGCACAGUCUGAUGAGUUUGUUGAUGAAAGUGAUUCAGAUGAAGAUUUGUUUGAUUUAAAAGAGCGCGCGCCUAAAAAAAAUUUUAAAAAACCUGAAGAUGAAAAAGAUAAAGUCGUGAUAAUGCAUAUUGACAUGGAUUGUUUUUUUGUGUCCGUUGGGUUGAGAAAUAAACCUGAGUUGAAAGGUCAACCUGUUGCGGUGACACAUGCACGUGGAAAUCGGCCAACGUCUGUUAAUAAUAAUAAGAAUAAUAAUAAUAAAGAUGAAGAAUUUUUAUCGAUGGCUGAAAUAGCUUCAUGUUCAUAUGAAGCAAGAAAAUUAGGGAUUAAAAAUGGAAUGUUUUUAGGACAGGCAUUAAAAUUAUGUCCUAAUUUAAAAACAAUAAAAUAUGACUUCGAAGGAUACAAAGAAGUAUCAUAUAUUCUUUACAAUACUGUCGCCUCAUAUACUUUAGACAUUGAAGCUGUCAGUUGUGACGAAAUGUACGCGGAUGUUACUAGAAUAAUUAGCGAAUGUAAAUUAACAGCUUUGGAGUUUGCUGAUAUUAUAAGAAGGGAAAUAAAAGAUAAAACUGGAUGCCCAGUAUCAACUGGAUUCGGUGGUAAUAAAUUGCAAGCGCGUUUGGCGACCAAGAAAGCUAAGCCUGAUGGACAAUUUUAUUUAAUUAGCAGUCAAGUAAAAGAUUAUAUUGGCGGUAUUGGUGUCAGAGAACUGCCGGGUGUCGGUUACUCGACGAUGCACUCGUUGAAGAAAAUGAACAUUAAAAUUUGUUCGGAUUUACAAGAAAUACCGCUGAUUGUUUUGCAAAAAGAGUUUGGUAGAAAAACAGGCGAGUUGCUGUACAGUAUGUGCAGAGGUAUUGACACCACGAAAUUAAAUAUCGAGCAUGUCAGAAAGUCAGUGUCUGCGGAAGUUAAUUACGGGAUACGAUUUGAUGACGAUAAUGACGCGAGAGAAUUUUUGAAAAAAUUGGCUAGGGAAGUUUCCGGUCGGCUGACUAAAGUAAAUGCCAAAGGUCGAUGUAUUACUUUGAAAUUGAUGGUCAGAGCUAAGAAUGCUCCGAAAGAGACAGCAAAAUUUAUGGGCCAUGGAGUUUGCGAUAAUUAUACUAAGUCUAAGAAUUUUAUUACUGCUAUUGAUGAUGAGGUUGUUGUUACUAGAGAGGUAUUGAGUCUAUGGGAAGCCAUGGGACAACCGGCAGACGAUAUCAGGGGCAUUGGGAUUCAGAUUUCGAGAUUGGAGAUGCAAAAGAAAAAUACUGAUACCUACAUGAUGAAGUUUGUUGCCAGAGCUAAGCAACCUAACAAUAAUAUUAUUGAUAAGGUGUCUGAUAAAAAUGAUGAUGCUGAUGUUCUUAAAGAGAGUGAUAACCAGAACCAAGCUGUGGGAAAUAAAGGCCAUAAUUUAUUAUUUAAAAAUGGCAAUGAUAAUAAAAAUGAUAAAAUUAAAGUAAAAGAUAAGGAUAGAGACAAAAUAACUAAAGUUAAACCACAAGGUUUAAAAGCAUUUUUCACCUCAACUAAAUCUACUAUCAAAAAUUCAAAACCUUCGAAUUUCUUUCCAAGUUCUACGGAAAUAGACAGCGCGGUUUUGAAUGAAUUGCCGGAUGAUAUCAAAAUGGAGAUACUGAACUAUCAUAAAAAUCAAGCGGGUCCUUCGAAAGCUGUUGCGAAUAACGAGCAAGACAAUUUGACAUUAAAAAAGUCUGGUGGUAAUUUAAAAAUAGAUGAUAAGUCUGGAGAUGAAGGUGCCAGCGGAAGUGCUGGUGGGUUUGAUAAAAAAUUAAUCCAAGAAUCACAAGGAAUUGAUGAGUCAGUACUUACAGAGUUGCCGGAAGACAUAAGAAAUGAAAUAUUAGCGACGAAGCCAAUAGUUAAAAAAAAACCCUCCCAAGUAAUAGACAAUAAUUAUUUCAAGCAAACAAAACCUGGCAAGUUUAGCAAAACAAAAUUACCGGAGGUUCAAGAACUCGACAUGCAAGUGCUGAUUGAAUUACCAGAUGACAUAAGAAAUGAAAUAAUGAAUCACUACAAGUCAAAUGCUGAUGGAGAUGAUGGCGCUGACGGAAGAAAUGGGAAUCCCGUUGAUGAAAAAAAUCCAGAUGUUAAUCAGCGGAGACUAAUUGAUGAAACCAGUGUCACUUUUUCUCAAGUUGAUCCAGAUUUUCUCGCGGCGCUGUCAGAUGACAUGAAACAAGACGUCAAAAUUUAUUGCAUGACUAAGAAGAAAGAGAAGGAGAGACUGAAAAAUACCGAACCAAUUAAUUUGCCCAUUCGCGCGGGAAAUGAAGUGAAAUCUAAACGUGGACGUAAACCUAAAAAAUUUGUGAUAAAUAAUAAUAAUAAUACGCAGAGCAACGGCAGAGUCUUAGCUAAAGCCAAAGAAGUUAAAAUUAAUGAGCGCAUUAAUAAUGACAAUGAUAGAAAUUUAAUGAUAACAAAACGCAGAAGUUUUUUAGAGAAUGAAAUAAAUAUAUCAUCUAAUGACAAUAAACUAGGAGUUGAUGACAGACGCGAAGCUAUCAAGUCACAUCAGUCUUUUUUCCGUGGUCGUGGUCGUGUUAAAUCUGAUGAACAUCAAGAGAUGUUGAAUAAUUUAGUUAAUUAUUUAUUUAGUCUUCCAUUGCAUCAGGUAAAAAAUCAUUUACAAGCAUGGAUUUUAAAUUCCCCAUAUGCUAAUGAAAUAGAUAUAUUAUCGAUUGCUACAUUUCUUAGUAUGCUUCCAAAUGAAAAACGUAUUGAAGAUUUGCAUAUAUUAAUGAAAACAAUGUACAGAUGUAUGACGAAAAGUGGAAGUUGCGUUUGGCAUGAAACAUACAGGAAAACUGUUGAGCAUGUUCAACAUUAUAUGCAAAUUGAGUACAACAGUAAUUUAAUGUUACCUUUGAUAAGAUGUAGCCGCCGCGAAUGCAAAACGUGAUUUAUUUAUUUAGGGCGUGUUCAGAAAUUAACUCUGGAAGAGAAAGACGCGGCUUCUGCGUUCAUAAAUAUCUGGUUGAACCAGAGGAACGAUUCGACUACAUAAUAGUCGCCUCGAAACUUGGAAAUAGGAGACGGUCUCGAAAGGGUGGAAAUUUCGUUGGUCUAGAUGUCAAAUGAACAUCCCCAGAAUAAAAAGUCAAAGGGGUUGGUGAGAAAAAAAAUAAAAACACUCGAAAAACAGAUUUUUUGAAAAUAUUUCAAGAGGGGUUGCACUUUUUUUUAUUACACUCGUUCACGAGUAAGUGGAAACUUUGGCAGAGUUUUUCUCUUAAACAAACGAAUAUUAUCAAACAAUCAAAGCGCACUUCGCUAGAUUAGACAGUAGUGCAUCAAUGUGCGGUCUGUAUUUUGUUUCCAAAAAUAUCUGAUAACUUCUGAUAAACAAUAAAAUGUGCAAAACUUUCAAACAAAAUUUGUAGAGAAAAAAAUUCACAUCAAAAAGUAUAAGAAAUUUUUUUAGUCUGAAUUUUUAUAAGAAUGCGCCUGAAGUUGAAAAAUUCAGUAAAUUUAAGCUUCGAAAUGUCAAAAAUUUAUUACGUCAUUUUUUAGAUACAAACAAAAUUUCUUAUACUUUUUUAUGAAUUUUUUUUGUUUAUGAAAUAUUUCGAAAAAAUCUGUUUUUAUUUUUUUUCCCAUCAACCCCUGGGAUGACUUUUUUAUUCUGGAGAUGCGUGUAGAUGACAUCUAGACGACCCAAAUUUGCAGCAACUUUCGGGAACGUCUCCUAUUUCGGAAUCGACUGGACUAAAUCUCCAGUGUUUUUCUGAACACGCCCUUAUUUAACGACCAUGCUACUGUUAUAUUAAUUGUAUAUGAUCUGUAAGUGUAUAUAUAUGUGUGAGUGUGUGUAUGACGUAACUUUGUUAAUAGCUUUUAUUUUAACUAUUUAAAUAUUUUUAACUCUUGUUUUGAAUAAAUUAUUAUUUUAUACAAUUGACCUAAUAGAAACAUAUUUACAAGCAAACAUGAUACUUACCUUCAACCUUAAUGUACACAAUACCACCAUUUUUUUUUUUUUUGGCGUAAUGACAAAUCAUUAUUAAUUUUUUGUUAUUUUUCUUUUAUGUAUAUAAUUAAACGUAGCAAAAGGAGCAGUGCGUAAUUUUAGUCAUAAGUUAUAAUUAUAACUAUAGGCCCCCUUUAGCUCAUAAUAUCUCCAUAUAUAAAUCAGUAAUAAUUUCAUAAACUUAUCGAUUCGUAAAACUUUUUUUUUUUAAUA